AUGCCCAGCAAAUCGAAAACGUCGCUGAAGGUACUGCAGUCGCGGCUACGAGGUCUCCAAACAUCGUUCGACAAUAUGUGCAAAUUUAUGGAUGACUACACCGAAGAUACGAAGCUAACCGAGGUUAAAGUGCGACUGGAGAAACUGGACAUACUCUGGGACAGGAUCAACCAGAGUACCGAAGAGAUAGAGGCCCACGAAGAUUCGACAGCCGAGGAAGAAUCGUUCGUUAAGGAUCGGGUAGACUUCGAGAAUCGAUUUUAUCAACUGAAAUCGUUUCUCUUGGACACAAUCAGGGAGAAUUCCGAUGAAACUGUGCUCAAUCCAAUUGCUCGCUCUCACGAUAACACUCAUUCCGCACCCAACCCCCACGUUAGGCUACCCCAAAUAACACUCCCCAAAUUCAGUGGCAAAAUUGAUGAAUGGCAGACAUUUCGCGAUUUAUACACUUCUCUGAUACACUGGCAACCUGACCUACCAGAUAUCGAAAAAUUUCAUUACCUCCGUAGUCAGCUAGAAGGUGAGGCGUUAGCUGUUAUCGAUUCGCUCCCACUCACCAGGGCGAACUAUAAUGUUGCUUGGGAUCUGAUCUGCACUCGCUAUUCCAAUUCCAAAAUCCUUCGUAAACGUCAGGUUCAAGCGCUGUUCGAACUACCGGUGGUCAAGAAGGAAUCGGCAACAGAACUACACACCCUUUUGGAAUCCUAUGAGAAGAUCGUGAAGUCGUUGGAUCAGGUAACCCCCCAGGCGACGGAGUUCAAGGAUCUGUUACUGCUGCAUCUACUAAGCUCUCGACUCGAUGGUGCAACAAGAAGGAGCUGGGAGGAACAUUCUUCUACCAAGGACGUCAAUACGGUAAGGGACCUAACCAAUUUUCUGCAGCGGCGAAUUCAGAUCCUGGAGGCACUUCCCACUCGACCGGUUGAGCAGAGAAUAGAAGCUGGUUCGUCGAAAUUUCCAAGGAAACCCAAUGUGGUGAAGGUCUGCAAUACCACUCUCCAACCAUCGGCUCCACUCAAAUGUGUCGCUUGUUCGGAUAGUCAUUUGCUCUACCAGUGCUCGCAAUUUCUAAAACUACCUGUUUCCGAGAGGGACGGACUACUGCGUUCGCACUCGUUGUGCCGAAACUGCUUUCGGCGUGGUCAUCAGGCUCGGGAUUGUCACUCGAAGUUCACUUGUAGGCAAUGCAAGGGCAAGCACCAUACACUUGUUUGCUUCAAGGGGAAGGUUGAAGAGAGAAGGUCAAACCACACCGGCGAAUCUAGCCCGACCACUACCGCAGCACAACCAACCGAAGAGGUAACCAACACCAAAGUGGUUAACGUGGCAACCACUAACGUAGUAUCUUGCAAUUCUGCGUCAGGAUCGUCGACGGGUGUUUUAUUGCUUACGGCGAUGGUUCUUUUGGAGGAUGAUAGAGGUCAAACCGUGCGUGCGCGGGCACUUUUGGAUAGCGCAGCGGAAUGCAACCUUAUCACCAAACGUAUGAGGAAACAGCUGGUAGUCAAGGAGGAUUCCAGCAUGGUCGAAGUUGUAGGCAUUCAUGGUACAUCUAACAAGGUUCAUGGCAAGGUCACGGUGACUGUUCGGUCUUGUAUUUCCAAUUUCGCCCAGGGUUUGGAAUUUUAUGUGUUGCCCAAACUUUCUGCUCAACCAGGAAUAGCGUCCGUUGACCCCAACAAUUGGAACCUACCAGCUGGCAUUGAAUUAGCGGACCCACACUCUCUCAAGUCUGAACCGAUCGAUCUGGUGAUAGGAGCAGAGUUCUUUUUCGAUGUGUUCGUUACCGGUCGGCGCAUAAGUCUGGGUGAACAUUUGCCUCUUUUAGUCGAUUCUGUUUUCGGAUGGAUAGCUACAGGCCGAUACCCAAUAGAUGGUCCAAUUACCUCUGUGUUAUGCGAUGUAGCAACUUCGAGUCGACUAGAAAAGAUGAUUGAGAAGUUUUGGGAGUAUGAGGAGGUUGGUUUGGGGAACAACAUGUCACCGGAUGAAGCCAAAUGUGAGGAGUAUUUCCAACGGACAACCCAAAGACAAGCUUCAGGAAGGUAUAUGGUAUCGCUACCAGGAAAUGAAGAAAUGAUGCGCAACCUAGGAGAUUCUAAGGCGACCGCCGAAAGGAGGUUUCUUCAAAUCGAACGACGAUUGAACCGAGAACCAUCGUUACGGGAGCAGUAUGUGUCCUUCAUGGAGGAAUACGAGACACUAGGGCAUAUGUCACGAGUCACCCACGACGAGGAAGGAGUAAAACGGUGCUACCUCCCACAUCACCCAGUCGUUAAGGAAGGAAGCACUACUACACGAGUGAGAGUGGUGUUUGAUGCUUCUGCUAGAACAUCCACUGGGCUCUCACUAAACGAUUGCUUGCAGUCGGGCCCAGUCAUCCAAAGAGAUUUACGGUCGAUUAUUCUCCGGAGCCGUUUCCGCCCAAUUAUGCUGGUAGCCGACAUUGAAAAAAUGUUUCGGCAGGUAGAUGUUUGCCAAGCAGACAGACGGCUUCAAUCUAUCCUUUGGCGUUCAUCACCCGAUCAACCUUUAACAACAUACGAACUGGAAACAGUGACAUAUGGUACCAAACCCGCCCCAUUUCUUGCAACGAGAACCCUAGUACAGCUUGCGACCGACGAGGCCGAGCGAUUCCCACUGGCAUCGGUAGCUGUCAAAAACGACUUUUAUAUGGAUGAUGCUAUAACCGGGGCGAAUGAUCCUGCGACCGCUAAAGAACUACGGAUUCAAUUGGUGGAAAUGCUCGACAGCGGUGGAUUCAAGCUCCGAAAGUUCGCGUCCAACUGUGCAACGGUUUUGGAAGGCAUACCCAGCGAAGACCUUUCAAUCCAAGCGGCGGAUGGAAUCUACUUGGACCCGGAUCCCAUGGUUAAAACGUUAGGACUCAUCUGGAUUCCUCCAACGGAUGUUUUCCGCUUCAAUUUCAAGGCCCCACCCCUCUCAGAUACCCCACUCACAAAACAGAAAAUUUUCUCGAUCAUUGCUACUUUGUUUGAUCCUCUUGGAUUUGUAGGACCAGUGAUUACCCAAGCCAAAAUCAUUAUGCAACUUUCGUGGCAGCUGUUGGACGACAAAGGGCAAAGGCUUGCUUGGGAUUCACCUUUGCCACAAAAGGUCGAGCAAGAAUUCAGAAAAUUCUACGAACACAUUCCCCUACUCAACGAUUUGCGUAUCGAACGAUUGGUAAUAAUUCCCCAUGCUGUGCGAACCCAAUUGCACAUAUUUUCGGAUGCUUCGGAAAAAGCCCUCGGAGCGUGUGUGUACGUCAGAACAGAAGACUCUUCGGGACGAAUCAAGGUGGCCUUAUUAUUGUCGAAGUCUAGGAUAGCACCGCUCAAAACACAAACCAUCCCAAGGCUUGAAUUACGUGCUGCAACAUUAGCUGCCGAAAUGUUUUCCCAGGUCACAGAGGCGAUCGAUACUGCUUUCGAUGUUUUCUUCUGGACGGAUUCAGAGAUAGUUCUUCGUUGGUGCGCUGCAACCCCAUCGACUUGGACGACAUUUGUUGCGAAUCGUGUCGCCAAGAUACAACGACUGACUGAAAAUUGCUGCUGGAGUCAUGUGCCUGGAGAGAAGAACUCUCGUGGGAUCCCACCAGAAGAAAUAUUGGACAACCGUCUGUGGUGGGACGUUGAGUGGCUGCACACAACCAUGGAGCAUUGGCCGAAGCAAAAGGAGUUCUCGGCGACCGGAUUAGCGGAGGAAAGACGGCAGGUGGUGUUAUCAUCAACAGCAUCGAAUCCAAGUUUCAUCGAAGAACACAUAGCACGAUUCUCGACCUACACUACUAUGAUUCGUCAAACUGCUUGGUGUCGUCGAUACCUACACAACCUACGAGAGGAGGCAGGCAAACGCAAGGUCGGACCGUUGACCGUAGAGGAGCUGCUACAAGCCGAAUCGAAAAUUAUACAGCAGGUACAAGAGGAGGUCUUCGGUAGAGAGCUAAAAGCCAUUAGCAAGGGAGAGAGUGUACCACGACAAUCGCCCCUUCGCUGGUAUUGCCCAUUUGUCGCGCCUGAUGGUCUGUUGCGGGUAGGGGGGAGACUUGGGAAGUCGGGAGAGUGUGAGGAUGCGAAGCACCCAAUUGUGCUGCCUGCUCGUCAUAGCCUAACAAAACUAAUAAUUCGGCAUUAUCAUUUGAAACUGUUGCACGCUGGACCGCAACUCAUAUUGAGCACAGUUCGGCUUCGAUUUUGGCCUCUUGGGGGACGUAAUGUAGCGAGACAGGUCUGCCACGAAUGUAUGCGUUGCUAUCGGACGAAGCCGGCAACUAUUCGUCAAUUUAUGGCCGAGCUACCUACACCGAGAGUGGUUCCAGCAAAACCGUUUUCGACGACAGGGGUCGAUUACUUCGGCCCGAUCUACGUGCGACCUGGAUACCGAAGAGCUGCAGUGAAGGCGUAUGUGGCAGUAUUUGUAUGCUUCUCCACGAAGGCGGUACACCUGGAGUUAGCCACCGAUCUUUCCACGCCCUGCUUCAUCCAAGCAUUGCGCCGAUUUAUUUCACGUCGCGGAAAGUGUGCCCAAUUGUUCUCCGACAACGGCACAAAUUUUGUUGGAGCUAGGAACGCCAUGGAGAAACUCCUACAGAACCUACGGUCCAAGGAGCACAACGAAACAGUAGCGAAGUGGUGUACAGAUGAAGGAAUGCAGUGGAGUUUUAUACCGCCCGGCGCCCCCCACUUCGGCGGUUUGUGGGAGAGUGCCGUACGAUCGACGAAGGUGCACCUACUGAAGGUACUAGGUGACACAGCGGUUUCGUUUGAGGAUAUGACGACCCUCCUAGCCCAGGUGGAGUGUUGUUUAAACUCAAGGCCCUUAACACCCCUUUCUGAUGACCCGGAGGACUUGGAGGCCUUGACCCCAGGGCAUUUUUUGGUCACUACAUCACUGCAAGCGUUACCGGAAGAGAAUUUGACCAAUAUAUCGCCAGGGAGACUACAACACCGAGAGCUGAUUCAACAGUGUCUGCAAUUUUACUGGAAGCGUUGGAGGUCCGAGUAUUUAACCCAACUGCAGGCCCGGACCAAAUGGUGGCAACCGCCACAGGAAAUCAAGACCGGGAGUCUGGUGGUGAUCCGUGAUGAUAAUCAGCCACCAACACGCUGGAGAAUGGCCCGUAUUCAUGCCGUACAUCCGGGGGAUGACAACGUCGUGAGAGUCGUCACACUCAAGACAGCCGACGGCUUCAUUAAAAGACCGGUCACCAAAAUUUGUAUCCUGCCGGUGGCCAAUCUAGCCGGAACAGAAGCAGCAGAUCCGAAGGAAACUACUGAAACUCCGGCUGUUUCAGGGGAGGGGAGGAUGUUGGAGACACCCUAA